GGGGAAGAAUCUCUGUAUCGGAUACUUACAUCUCUGCUUUACUCUGCCCGGGACAUGAAAUCUGUAUUUUAAGCGCGUUAAAAACUCCAGCCCAAGAUGACGGUGGAUUUUGAAGAAUGUAUUAAAGAUUCACCCCGGUUCAGGGCAAAUAUUGACGAGGUGGAGACGGAGGUUGUAGAAAUCGAGGCAAAACUAGAUAAGCUGGUGAAGCUAUGCAGUGGGAUGAUUGAAGCAGGGAAGGCGUAUGUCAGCGCCAACAAGCUCUUCGUCAACGGCAUCCGGGAUCUGUCUCAGCAGUGCAAGAAGGAUGAGAUGAUCUCGGAGUGCCUGGAAAAGUGUGGUGAAAGCCUCCAAGAAAUCAUCAACUACCACAUGAUCCUGUUCGAUCAAGCUCAGCGGUCUGUAAAGCAGCAGUUACACAACUUUGUGAAAGAGGAUGUUCGGAAGUUCAAGGAGACCAAGAAGCACUUUGAUAGGGUGCGUGAGGAUAUGGAAAUAGCACAGGUGAAGAAUGCUCAGGCGCCGAAGAACAAGCCUCACGAGGUCGAAGAAGCCACCGGCACGCUCAGCAUCACUCGCAAGUGCUUCCGACACCUCGCUCUGGACUACGUACUACAGAUCAAUGUCCUCCAGGCAAAGAAGAAAUUCGAGAUCCUAGAUACUAUGCUGUCAUUCAUGCAUGCCCAGUACUCGCUGUUUCAGCAGGGCUAUAACCUGCUGGAUGACAUCGACCCGUACAUGAAGAAACUAGCUGCUGAGCUGGAUCAGCUGGUGAUUGAUUCAGCCAUGGAGAAGAGGGAAAUGGAGCAUAAACAUGCAACCAUUCAGCAGAGGACUCUCUUGCAGGACUUUUCGUAUGACGACUCUAAAGUGGAGUUCAACGUGGAUGCUCCUAAUGGUGUGGUGAUGGAGGGCUACUUGUUCAAGAGGGCCAGCAAUGCCUUUAAGACCUGGAACAGACGGUGGUUCUCCAUACAGAACAGUCAGCUGGUCUAUCAGAAGAAGCUCAAGGAUUCUCUGACGGUGGUGGUAGAAGACCUCCGGCUGUGCUCUGUUAAACCAUGUGAGGACAUCGAGAGGAGAUUCUGCUUUGAGGUCGUCUCCCCCUCCAAGAGCUGUAUGCUUCAGGCUGAGUCGGAGAAGCUAAGACAAGCGUGGAUUCAGGCUGUUCAAGCUAGCAUUGCCUCAGCCUACAGAGAGAGCCCGGACACCUACUAUAUAGAGCAUCUGGACAGAACGGCCUCUCCAUCCACCAGCAGUAUUGAUUCGGCCAGCGAGCCACGGGAGCGCAGCACCCGAGGUGAGACCAUCCUGCAGCGGAUCCAGUGUCUGCCGGGGAACGAGCAGUGCUGUGACUGUGGCCAGGCCGACCCUCGCUGGGCCUCAAUUAACCUGGGCAUCCUUCUGUGUAUCGAGUGCUCCGGCAUCCACAGGAGUCUCGGAGUUCACUGUUCGAAGGUUCGCUCACUCACACUGGACUCAUGGGAACCAGAAUUAUUAAAGUUAAUGUGUGAGCUUGGAAACAGUGUCAUCAACCACAUCUAUGAAGGCUCAUAUCAAGAACAAGGUCUAAAGAAACCAUUACCAUCCAGUUCAAGGCAGGAGAAGGAGGCUUGGAUUAAGGCAAAGUAUGUAGAGAAGAAAUUCCUGAAAAGGCUGGGCUCCACAGAGAUACUCAUCAACGGAGAGAGGAAGUCGGAGCGGCGGUGGAGCGUGAAGAAAUGUCGGAGACAUAACAGCGCUACCACGGUUCCUAAAACACGCCGAAGAUACCGACAAGAGCCUGGAAGCACCUCCCCUUCCACACUCUCCGCAGCAGCUGCUAAGUUCAGAAGAGACUCCCUGUUUUGUCCCGAUGAACUGGACUCUCUCUUCUCCUACUUUGACACGGGAUCUGGGCCUCGAAGUCCGGCAGGCCUAAGCAGUGACAGCGGGUUGGGAGGCAGCACAGAUGGCAGUACAGACAUCCUGGUGUUUGGCUCAGUGGUGGACAGUGUCACAGAGGAGUGUGAGGUGUCGGAGGACUCGAGUGGCGAAGCUGAGCUGGAGGCUGAGCCAGAGACAUCAGACCUGGAGGACAUGAGGGACCUUCAUCCCGGAGCGCUGCUAUACAAAGCCUCAAAAGCCCGCAACCUGCCUGUCAUGGCUGAAGCACUAGCCCACGGGGCAGAUGUCAAUUUGGUCAACGAUGAGGACGAAGGAAAGACGCCCCUCAUACAGGCUGUGAUUGGGGGUUCAUUGAUCGCCUGCGAGUUCCUGCUCCAGAAUGCCGCUGACGUCAACCAAAGAGACGCAAGAGGGAGGGGCCCCCUGCAUCAUGCCACAUAUCUGGGACACACAGGGCAGGUGUGUUUAUUCCUAAAAAGGGGAGCUACUCAGAAUGACGGUGAUGAGGAUGGUCAAGACCCUUUGAGUAUAGCUGUACAGCAAGCAAAUGCUGAUAUAGUCACACUGCUGCGUCUGGCCAGGAUGAAUGACGAGAUGCGGGAGUCAGAGGGACCCUUUGGACAGCCAGGAGACGCCACAUACCUUGACAUCUUCCGAGAAUUUUCCCACAUGGCAUCCCACAACCCGGAGAAGCUGAAACGAAGGAGUGUGCACUUCCGACACUCCUUCAGGUAGUCCUCCUUCAAGUGUCGGGAGAGAAACAAAAUCACAUACUUGAAAAGUGCAACAGCCACUUUCCAUACAAAGUCACAAUUAGGGGUCACUUCAGUUCAACAUCACAAGUGAUCUUGAGCAUGAAAUAGACAUAGAGAAACCUAAUAGAAAUGGGAUCAUAUUUUCACAAUCAUAAGUUACCCCGCCAGUGUUAUUCCACAGAGAAAUGAAUAAAACCACCUUUAAAGUGGAUUAAAGUGAAGAAAUCAUUGCAAUUUUGAGAAGCUGUUGCUCGUCAUUCAGUGUUUAGCUACAUUAUAACUUCAAGAGUCUUGUGCUGUUCUUAGAUCAACCUUUUAUUUUGAAAUGAGGAUUUGCUGGUCUUUUCCUCUUGCAUUUAUAAAUGCAUUUAUAAAUAGAGCAUUGCUUUUGUAUAUUGUUAGAUGAAACUUUGGAUAAAAUACCAAGCACUUGUUUUGUUUAUUUUUCUUGUUUAUUUUUAUUUUAAUUGUAUAAAUCAUGUGUUUGCUACAUCAGUUUCAUUAUUCAGAUCAACAUGUUUGAUUCAUUGAAGGACUUUCAUCAGUACUUUACAUAAAUACAUUUUUUUGAGUUUAUGAUGCAUGCAUUUUCUCACAUAUAUUGUUCUUCAUACUUAAAACUUGAAUUCAGCUAUGUUUUAUGGAUAAAGAGUCAUGUCAACAUUAGUAAUCAUCAUCAACAAUCCAACAUCUUGAAGUUAUUUCUUUUGUUGAGCAGUUAAUUUUGUUAUGAAAUGUGUUUUUGUUUUGCAGCGACUAUGCUGGUGUAGUCUAUUUUUUGUUUAAAUGUACUUUGCAAGCACCACUAUGAAAUGCAGUUUUUAUGAUACUGUAUAGAUGCUGUAGAAGCAAAAAUGCUAAUAUAUCUGAAUGAACAGAAAUACUGAUGAAUGAUGGAUGAAAAUAAACAUUGACUGUGUUUACA